AUGCUGUUUUUGACGCUGGUAUUGCUGGGAUGCCUGGCCGGAGGAAUGGCCACGUUUCCCAAAUCAACCACCUCAACGACGUAUAGAUCUGCGCCUAACACUAUGACAGGAGUGUUUGGAAGCGGAAAUGUAAUGCCGGCCUCGUACCAAACAUCUUACUCAUAUCCAUUAAAUGUGGGAUCCUCGGCUACAGUGUACUCAAGUAAUCCUGCUUCUUAUAGCGUACCGAUACAAACAUACUCAACUUCUUCCAUGCCAGCAAAGUACUCGACAUAUACCCCAACAACGUACAGUAGCAGUGCCCCAACAGCGUUCUCGGCAUAUACCCCAACAUCGUACUCGACAUAUAUCCCAACAACGUACAGUAGCAGUACCCCAACAGCGUUCUCGACAUAUACCCCAGCAACGUACAGUAGCAGUAUCCCAACAGCGUUCUCGACAUAUACCCCAGCAACGUACAGUAGCAGUAGCAGUACCCCAACAGCGUUCUCGACAUAUACCCCAGCAACGUACAGUAGCAGUAGCAGUAUCCCAACAGUGUACUCGACAUAUACCCCAGCAACGUACGUUAGCAAUGCCCAAGCAGCCCAGUGGAACUACCCAAGCUUCAAUUCAGUCUCAAGUAUGAACUUACCAACGUAUUAUCCGACUGCACAGUUCAGUAGUAACAGUGGAGUUUCAAACUACUUGAACGCCCCUUUUUCCUCACCACCAUCACCCAAGUAUUAG